CCAUGAGUUUCUCCACACGAGGGAGGCGGAGGCUUGGGCCCAUUUCUAUUUAUAAUGGGCUGAACAAAUUUUGCAACUGUAAAGGUCAAUGAAGGAGUCGGCUUGAAAAUAAUCUGUAGAUGUUGAGACAUGCGCAGAUGCGGGAUGAUGCCAUAUUGGACACACGCAUACACACACCGCUCCUGCUUCAACCAGAACACCGGAUCACCCAAUUCAGAUAGACGGAAAAAACUCGCAUAAGCAAGCAUGGAUUGUGGAGAAGAGGAGGUAGAUUUCAACUGGGAAGAAUAUCUUGAGGAUACUGGAGCCACUGCUGCCCCUCACACUUCAUUUAGACAUGUGGAACUCAGUCUUCAGAGCAGUUUUCAGCCAGGAAUGAAGCUAGAAGUGGCCAAUAAAGGCAGCGUGGACACAUACUGGGUGGCCACCAUCAUAACCACAUGUGGUCAGCUGCUACUGUUACGCUACUGUGGCUAUGGUGAAGACCGCAAGGCUGACUUCUGGUGUGACGUCAUGACAGCCGAACUUCAUCCAGUCGGCUGGUGUGCGCAAAACGACAAAACACUUCAACCACCGGAAGAUAACGUUUACCUCAGAGCAGCCAUUAAAGAGAAGUACAGCGACUGGACUGAGUUUCUUAUCAAAGAGCUCACAGGGUCACGGACAGCACCGGCAAAUCUGCUGGAAGGGCCAUUACGGGGUAAAAACACAGUGGAUCUGAUAAUGGAAGGCAGUAUUUUGGAGUUACGGGAUGCCUCUGAGCCCAGCGUGUACUGGGCCACUCAAGUUCAGCGUAAUGUCGGUGGACGUUUAUGUCUCAGUUAUGUUGGAUUAAAUGACCCCUCCUACUACAUGUGGAUGUUCUACCUUGACACCAGGCUCCGCCCCCUGGGCUGGGCCAAAGAAAAUAACCUACCAAUGAAACCGCCUACAGAUCUGUGUGAUUUGAGGAGCAGCUCUGAAUGGACUACAGCUUUAGAUGAAGCUACAGCUGAAGCCUUGAACAACCCACUUCCACUGGAGGUCUUCAAGGAUCAUGCUGACUUGCACACACACUCCUUCAGGGCAGGAAUGAAGCUUGAAAUGGUCUCUCCAGUGGAACCCUUCCACAUCUGCCCCGUGUCUGUGACUAAAGUCUAUAAUGAAUACCACUUUCAGAUCACUGUCGAUGACCUCACAGCUGAUGCCACGCCCACCAGUGCAGUGUGUCACGCAGAGUCUCCGGGAAUCCUGCCAGUGCAGUGGUGUCUGAAGAAUGGAGUCGAACUGGAGAGGCCGCGAGGUUUUGAGACACAGGACUUUGACUGGGCCGACUAUCUUAAACACACCAGCACUGAGGCCGCUCCAGAUGCGUGUUUUCCAAACGCGUCUCAGAGCCGGGGUUUCUGUAAGGACAUGUGGCUUGAAGCGGUGAAUCCUCUACAUCCUGCUGAACUCUGCGUCGCUCGCAUUACUCAGGUCAAAGGCUGUCUCCUCUGGCUCAGACUGGAAGGUCUGACAAAGCCGUUACCGGAUUGUAUAGUAGAUGUGGAGAGUAUGAAUAUUUUUCCUGUGGGCUGGUGUGAAGCAAACGGCUAUCCACUAACACAUUCACUAAAGACCGUCUGUCUGCCUCAGAAGAAGAUUGCUGUCGUUCAGCCUGAGAAACAGUUGGCUCCUUCACAAUCUCCUGACAUUCCUAUUAGUCUGUGCUCAUCUGCUCCCAUGGAUUCAGGUUUGGUGAAUGGAAAGUACUGCUGUUCUCAGCUCUUCAUCAAUCAUCGCUGUUUCUCUGGACCAUAUCUCAAUAAGGGCCGAAUUGCCGAGUUACCAAAGGCUGUUGGGCCUGGAAAGUGUGCUGUAGUCCUCAAAGAGAUUCUGACAAUGUUAAUAAACUCAGCAUAUAAACCCGGCCGUGUACUUAGAGAACUACAGAUGGUGGAAGACCCUCAGUGGAAUUGUCAAGAGGAAACCCUCAAAGCCAAAUAUAAAGGGAAAAGCUAUCGGUCCACUAUGAGGAUUGUCCGGACAGCGGAUCAAGUGUCAGAGUUUUGUCGUCGUGUUUGCGAGAGACUCCAGUGUUGUCUGAAUCUUUUUGGGCCUACGUUUGUAUCCGACAAGUGUCCUGAAAACUGCUCCAGCCAAACCAAAACCAAAUACACAUAUUAUAAGAAGAGGAAAGUCGGUCGGCCAAGUUUAGGGGAAAACGCACAAGAUGGUGACCUGAGCAAGCCGGCAAGACGGCGGAAGAAACGCAAAGCCAUCUUUGUCCAGAAGAAACGGCGCUCAUCCAUUGUAGGAUACCACACCACAGAGUCACCUCAGGAUAGCGAUUAUAACUACGAUGAAGACGAAGAUGAGGAUUUUGAGGAAUGGGGCAGUGAGGCAAGUUCCAGUUCACUACGUGAAGAAGCCUCUGCCCAUAAUAGCCUACCGAGGAGAGGAAGACCACCACGCCGUGCCGCUCUUCAGCGCAGGAUGACCCAUCCAGGAUCAGAGACCUCAGACAGGAUCUCUCCUAGAAGAACUACACGAUCGGUCUCCUACAGCCAGAACCAGAUGGCCAGAGACACAAAUGUGAAGAUGGAGAGUACCGAAGAGGAAGAUCGUCUGGUAUUGGACACUAAUCCUUUACAAUGGAGCGUUUCAGAUGUGGUGGACUUCAUUACGUCUACAGAUUGUGCUUCAUUAGCCAAGAUAUUUCAAGAACAGGACAUUGAUGGACAAGCCUUGCUGCUGCUGACACUUCCUACAGUCCAAGAAUGUAUGGACCUAAAACUUGGACCUGCCAUCAAACUCUGCCAUCAGAUCGAGAGAGUUAAAGUGGCCUUCUAUUCCCAGUAUGCUAACUAAGCUAACUUUCUGCCUCGGCAGAUAUAAAAAUCAACAGAUACCUAUUAAUGAAACUCAGGGGAUGAAAAAGAGUCAUUCCAUCCAUCAGGAAACCUCAGGCGGCCUCAUAACCAAAUGGAGACUUUUCCAUUCACUUGCCUUCAAUUUGAGAUUUAGCCAUGGAAAGGACAUUUACUUUACAAAAACAGAGUAUCAGUUUGUUGCACAGUCUCUCAUCAAAUAUUCCAAGUCUUGACACUGCAGGUAAACAGGGUAAAAUAAUGUACAAAUUUUUACAGUAUCGUCAUACUUCACAAAUUAAUAGAUUACUCUAAAAAUUGCAAAUGUUUCCUAAUACGUUAUAUUUCAAUAUGCAAAUAUGCCAUUGUUUAUUUAAAUAGGCACUAAUUUGCAUUCGUCCAAGCACAAAGAUCUGAACAAUCAGGUUCAAAACCCUUGUUUCUUUUUAUUUUGACAGUCAAAGGUUUUUAUAAGGAAUAUUUUGGAAAUCGGAAAAACAUAAUUCACAAUUGUUUGGUUGAAUGAAAUGUAUAUAAAUCAAAUUUACAUAUGAACAUAUCCUACUGUAAAAACUUUGGAAUGUAGAUUUUAAUAAAACUGUGAAGUUGGUAGUAUUGUUCAGUGUAAAAAGUAAUAAUAAUAAACAAAUAAAUACAUUUUAAUGGGAAAAACAUUAUUAUAAAAACUAUAUGCAUAUCGCAUGGUACCAUUAUAUCUUCUGUAAACCUUAAAUAAUCAAAAUAUUAUUGAACAAAAUAUAUCACAAAGAUUUUUCUGAAGAAAACAAAGUUCAGUUAAAGGCUUCAAUAAAUUGACAGUAAAGUGUGACCCCUAAAUCAAGACCACAAGAGAAUUAAAAUCAGGCUUAAACAUCAGUGCAGAUAUAUUUUGUUUGUUUUUUCAGCCUUUAGCAGUUUAAAGCAUGUCUCUGCUUUCUUUUUUGUCGGUAAAAUAAUGUGCCAAUUCCACAUUAACAGUUUGUGAACAAAAGAGGUUCAUGAAGUGAUGUGCUACCCUAGCAUACAAAAAUAAAUCUAAUUCAACCUAAAAUUAAAAUUCAUAUGUAAUUUACUCAUCCUCAGGCCAUAUUCAGUGUAUAAGACUUUCUUUUGUCAGACGAAUACUGUUGGAGUCAUUUUAAAUUUUAUUCUGGCUCUUCCAUGCUGUAUAAAGAUAUUGAAUGGUGACUUUUAAUUUAGAAAAUUUCAAAAGCUCAUAAAUCCUUUGUUAAAUUAACCCACGCACCACCAGGGGGUCAACGUAUGUUUUAUGAAGCGAAUAAAUGUGUUCUGACGUGUUCUCAACCACCUCCACUUACUUGACAUAUUGAUUCAAGAUGCAUUCAUAGAGGAUAGAAUCUUACCACAGACUAUGAACAAGGAAACUAGUUGUUUAGUAUUAUACAGUAGCGUCAAAGUCACUUUAAGACAAGUCAUUUCACUUGGCAGCCAUCUUGGGCAGGUUGUUCGGGCAUUCUGUCUGAAUGGGGAAACUUCAAAUUCUCUAAAAUUGCUUGCCAAGCUUAUGAUUAGAUUUCAAAUUAUGAAACAACAAUUACAUUCAACUGUCUGCUUAGUUUCGUUUCUACACGUUUGAACCUGCAGAAAUUCACAUCUGGUUCCAGCCCUUCCCCCGGAGAAAUAUCAGUUUAUAUUGAUUGCUGAUUGGUUCUUGUACUAAAAGGCGGGGCUUCAUUCGCCAUAUUGUCUGUUACACUUUUCCCUAUUCAAAACUAUACAAGUGACAUGUCUUGUGUAUUCUAUAGUCUUUGGUAGCGUAAAGCCAACUAUUUCUUCUGUUUGUCGUCACCUCUGUUGAAGAGCCAAAAUAAAAUUUAAAACUACUCUGACUUUGUUCGUCUAAACAAGAAAAGUCAUAUACACAAGGAUGGCUUGAGCGUAAACUACGGGGUAAUUUAUAUUUUGGGGUGGACUAUUCCUUUAAAGCCCAAGAUAUGCUUGGUAUUUUAACGUACACAGCCUUUCAAAGUUUGAUAUUGUGCACAAAGGGAAGUUCUUGAUGUAUACAGAAACGUUUACGCCAUCCAGUGCUUUUUCAGCUCGUUUAAAAAAAAAUUGAGAAUAUAUUUUAAUUACCUAAUAUAUACAUUUUUUUAAAUAGAAACAUACAAUGUUUGCAUUAGUGAUCUGUUGUCGUUGUGUUUUUCCAGCUUGCACGCAAACUAAAUAGUAAAAAAAUAGUAAUAAAUUAGAUUGAAGAACAAGAUUUUGCGUUUAAAGGUAAAACUCCGAUGCUAGGUUCACACCAAAUGUGAACAAUUUUUUUUUCGACCUCAAACUAAAUUUCCACUCAAGUUAAAUCUUUCUUGUGCACGAUUCAAAAUUAAUGCGAAUUCUGCAUGUUCAUGCAAAAUCGUCAUGCAUUCCGCAUAAUUUACGUGCCUUGGCAGGUAUUCGCAUCUACGUGUUUGUAUGCAACUCAAUCAUGCAAAUACUUAAUUCCAUAUUUGGUGUGGAAUUAAGGGACACCAUAAAGGGAGAUGUGAAUAGUACGAAUUCUGAUGGACAGAAGAUAAUUUGUGUAAACACUUAAUGUGUGUGUGCAAAUCAUUAGGACACAAUUUUAUGACCUGGCAAAUUCUGAAGAAAUCGCAUAAAAUUCUAAGCCAAAAACAGAGGAAAACAUUGUUUUCAUUUCUUUCAUAGUCUCUCUCUUUCUCUAUAUCUCGCUCUCUCAUAAAAAAUUUAUAUGAGGUAUAAUUAUAUUUUCUACAAAAAUAGAUUCUUUUUCAGUACCGAGUAGGCGAUUUGAAGUGAUUUUCAUGCACAUUUUGUCAGUAAAAUCAGUUCUACUAAAUCCCCAGCUCAUGCAUUUAAUGCAGCAGAUUUUACUACAAUAUAGAGCAAAACUGUUUAAAUUUGAACUUGGUUUAGUUGGUCAAUAAUAACAUUAGGACAAUCAUUCUACAAAUUACAACAUGUAAUAACGUUUUUUUUUUUACUUCAAACUAGCCUCAAAUUAAAGCCUAGCAUUUGAAAUAAAUCCAUCUGUGAGAUAAUUCCGCAGUCAUGUGCUUUUUAGUCAUGCUAAAUAUUUUAAAUAAUAUUUAAUCAAUCAAUGAAAGCAGUUAAAUCUUCUGUUUAUUCAGCAACCGCUAUUUUCCUCAGUGGAUUUCUUUGUGUGUCAAUUGCAUCUGUGAUUUCAAUUUGAUUAAUCGCCUAGCCCAAUAGUUACCCCACAUGUGUGAAUUAAACAGGUUUAUCCUCCUGAUUGGUCAGCUUCAGAUGCAUUGACAAGUCAGAUCAUUCAACCAGACGCAUUAAAAACCCCAGCCAACAGCUCCCAAAACGUUGUGACAUGUUUAAAAUUUAUUAAGAGUUCGGGAGCCACUUGUCUCGUAAAUUCCUCUCACAUGAUACAAGCUGCAACCAUAUGAUCAUCAACAUUUUUCAUGUUAAUUCUUCCAAUGGGAAAAUAUAUUGUACAAGAUCACACAACAGCAAAAAAUUGCACAGUUUCAGCCCUGCUUUAACUAGUCUGAGCUGGUAUACCAGCUAAUAAAACUGGUGUUUAAAUGAUUUAGCUAGUUGGCCAAGUGGUCAAGCAUCUAAAUAACCGUCUAAAGCCAUAGAAAUAACUUAAACAUAAUUAGCUUUCAGCAGUUUCAGUGAGUUCUUUAAGGAUAACUAGACAAAAGGAGAUUUACAUUUAGUUCCAGAAGUUUCUGAGGAAAGUAUUUAGGAUGAAGAUUAAACAUUGAAGAUCUGUAGAACAAAAACAAAAACUGUGAAAAUGUCCAAUCCCUGAGUACACUGCACAAUUUUUUUGACAUUUAAUUAACCUGUCAGGACCAAAUUGUAUUUAUACUGGUGAAUUUUAUGUGAAGUGUUACCUUCAGAAGUCAAUUAAUAUAUUUGUAAUAUUUAUUUUGUGCUGAUAAACUAUUUUUGUAAUGUUUGUCAUGUUAGGAGGCGAGUUUGGCAUCCAGAAUUCAUUUGCUUGAAGUGCUGAGUAAUAUCAGGAUAAUAUAUAUUUGAUAUAUACCGUACUGUAGUGUGAGUACUUAUAUGUUGACUUGCAUAUUACACACAACAAUAUUGUUCCCAAAACCCUGUUGUAACACACCAUGUGUUUACUUUAAAAAUAUAAGGGCAAAUUAAUUUGAGGAUCUGCCUUUAGUCAUGAUCUAUAUUUCAUGUAAAAACUAAUUGUUGAUCUAUGCAAAAUAUAAUGUUUUCUAUGUAUAUAUUUUGUUUGUAAUGACUUUUCAUAGUGAUAUAUUUUUUACUUUUCUGUUUGAUGACAUUUAACGUGAUUACAAGUAGAAUGUAAUAAAACUGAAUUAUGCUAUUAAAAUACUGUGUCCAAUC